AUGGGAGUCGCUUCCUGCCAAGCGGCAUUAGGUGACGUUGUAUGCUGGGUUGGAGGCACCAAGACGGCCUUGGUUGUGAGGCCAACGGGGAGCCAUGAAAGUGCGGAAUACGGAUAUGCUCAAAACGUCCAGCUUCAAGUCAUUGGUACAGCCAUGGUUGCCGAAGACAUUGCGGACUCAAUGAUCGAUCACUCUCUAAGGCUGAAUAUCCAGGGUGAAAGGGGCGAGGUUCGUUGUGAAUAUGGGGUGAGACCGCCAGGAAAAGUGCCUUUGAUGUUGGAUGCUCGGACUCUCUUCAUCAUUCUACUAGAAAAUCACGAUUGA